CCAGGCAGCCUUCAGCACAGCCAGCUCCUUCCUACUGGCGUGCUGCCUCAAUCUGAAGAGAAGUCCAAGUUCUUUAUUUUUCUGCAAAACCAAUUGUGGAACUCUGUGAUAUGUAUUAGGACUAACGGGGUAGAGAGAGGACGUAGGUUUCUUAGUGUUCCGCAAUGAGCAGGGAGGCCUUUCCCAGGGGCCCAGGACUGCUCAAGAGGACAAUGGAUUCUGGAGCUCGCCCAGUUGGUAGCAGCUGUAGCAGUCCUGCAGCACUUUCACGGGAAUACAAACUAGUGAUGCUGGGUGCCGGUGGAGUUGGGAAGAGUGCCAUGACAAUGCAGUUCAUCAGCCAUCGAUUCCCAGAAGAUCAUGACCCCACCAUUGAAGAUGCUUAUAAGAUCCGGAUCCGCAUUGAUGAUGAGCCUGCCAAUCUGGACAUUCUGGACACAGCUGGACAGGCAGAGUUUACAGCCAUGCGGGAUCAGUAUAUGAGGGCAGGAGAAGGAUUUAUCAUCUGUUACUCCAUCACGGAUCGUCGAAGUUUCCAUGAAGUUCGGGAGUUUAAACAACUGAUUUAUCGAGUUCGACGCACUGAUGACACACCUGUAGUUCUUGUGGGAAACAAGUCUGACCUGAAGCAGCUGAGGCAGGUCUCCAAAGAAGAGGGAUUGUCGCUGGCUCGAGAAUUCAGUUGUCCCUUUUUUGAGACCUCUGCCGCAUAUCGUUACUACAUUGAUGACGUUUUCCAUGCUCUUGUACGGGAGAUACGUAAGAAAGAAAAGGAGUUAGUAUUGGCCAUGGAGAAGAAGUCUAAACCCAAAAGCAGUGUGUGGAAGAGGCUGAAGUCACCCUUCCGGAAGAAGAAAGACUCGGUAACUUGAGGGAGGUGUGACGUGUCUGCUGUGAACUGCAGCGCUACUUGAAGCAGUCCAGUCACCUGCAAUCAUGAGCAUGCUGUCUGCUCACUCCUGCUAUGAUGGUUAUUCUACAUGUCACUGGCGAGGGGACAUGCCCACUAGGAGUUUUCAAUGAUUCACUAUCUAAGCCCUUUCUUAGUUGACUCUCACUCAUUAGCCCACCAGGGCACUGUCUGCUCCUUAAUGGUCACAUUCGAAUUUGGUCUGCUGUUGUUUUGGUUAUGUUGCUGAUGUAAAUUAAUUCAUGUAAAUUGUUUAUACCAAGGAGCAUAUAUGUACUGUGUGCACUUGACUAAGUUUACAAAAGGAACUUUGUGUUUAUAUUCUCCCCACCACCCUUCAACUUGAGCUUUCUGGUACUGUCUGAUGGAAGGACCUCUGCCUUGUUUACCCACACUGUACAUCCUGGAGACAGAGCAAAAACUGAAUAGGAAACUAGUGCUAAAGAGAAUGGUGCUAAAGGUAAGUAGGUGUCUGCAGAGUGGGCUCCUGGUGUGGAUAAUGGAGUGAUGUGGUUUAGGGAGAGCCUGCCGUAUUCUUACACAAGAAGACACGGCUGGAAACACACAGGUCUGAAGAGUGCCUACGAUGCGCCUUAGAAUUGCACAUCUGACCCAAAGGCACUCAGGUUGUGAAAAGAGACAGAAGCAGAACACAGAAUGAAGGUUCCUCCCUGAACAUACUUGACUCUUCCUUCAGUGUCUUGCCUUUCUUUGCCUUCAAAGGUUGCCACUUUUUGAACUGCUUCUGGAUCUGGAACCAUUGCUGGAUCCACUGGAUCCUUAUUUAAAUCCUUUGUUGGGCUAGGCAUGGUGGCUCACUGCUGUGAUCCCAGUAUUUCUAAGGCUGAAACAGGAGGACUACGUGAGUCCAAGGCUACCCUGGGUUAUAGAAAGAGAGUCUGUCUCAGAAUAACAAAACCAAAAAUAAAUAAAGAGCAAAUUCUUAGGACUGCUAUAUCACGUGCCUUGUCCAGGUUUCUUUUUCCUCUGAAGAGUCUGGCCUGGCCAGAUGGUUUUGUGUUCUCUUCACCUCAGCAGUCUUAGGGCUUGGAGGUUUGUGGUGUUCUGCUUUGUGGACCAGUCUUGCAGCUUUAAUACUCCACAUAUGUGAGUUGGUUUCAUAAAAGAUUCCCUCAGAGUUGUCACAGCUAAGCCUCAGAGACUGCCACAUUGUUUCCCUCUGUGCUCGAGAAACAGCUUUAACUUAGCAGUGAGCUAGCUGUAUGUCUUGGGGUCAGGAUUAUCUUGCUGUUUGAAUGUGCUGUGCAGGGCACGUUCAGGAGACUCAUGAUCUCUGUAUGGAGCUCUGACUCCAAGGUCAGGUGCUGUAGGCAGCAUCUCUUCAAAGCUCAGCUUCCUGCUCCGCAUUGUCAAAGGAAUGGCAGAUCUGGAUCCAGAUCCCAUGAGGAGCCUCUGCUGAGACUUUUAAAGGCCUUGAUAGUUGCCUUUUGACAAUCGGUAACAUUUGCUACUUUACAAAUUAUGUUUUAAUACUCAAGCUAUCAAAAAAUGAAAGACCCAAAUUCAAGUCUGUGCAAAAGCAAAGCCACUUUGGAGAAGGAAAAAAGUAGAGACAAAAUACAGCGCCAGUCUCUUUGAACAGUGUCUCGCCUGGAUAAAGACUUUCAGACUAAAUGCCUUCACUGCUUAUUACUCACACAGUGUCUUCAAGGAAUUGACAGCUUCAGCCACUCAAGAUUGUCAAGGCCACAGAAGACACUACCAGGAAGAAAGGCCUGUAAAACAGGAAAUUUGAUUUGUACACGGAAAGCAGCAGUGCUUUUAAGGCUAUCCCUGUCAGACAGUGAGCGGAUCCAGCAUAAGCCAGUCCCUUCCGCAUUGAGAAUUGUGUUCAUGGUGCUGGUAGCUACAGGAGUGUAGUAUGUGUGAACCAGAGUGCCUCCUCAGCGGUCGUGGAGUGUUGCUAACUUACAAGCUUUGGGUCAUCAAUUGUCUAACCUGAAGACAUAAAAAUCAAAUAUUCCCUGGAAUGCUGAAGAGAAGAUUCUGUCACCAAGUUGCAAGGCGCUGGAAGCGCUUGUGUUGAAGUCAGAGGAGUCACUGCAAGCUUCAGAAGCGAGCCUCUAGAAUCAGCUGUUUAUAACUGGUAGGGAGACGUGUUUUCAUUCUGGCAUACUAGCAGACUACUGCGUCCUGCCUGGGAAGGUCUUCACUGGUGCACUUGUAUAUGAAGGUAGUGUGUGCAGCACAAUACAAAAUUGUUAAAUAA